AACCGUUUAUUACCAGGAUCUCGUCUCCAAAAAGAUGCCGGGUGAUGCAUCUGUUUCGGAGCGCAACCCUUUUGAUCAAGACCGUCCUAUUUGUGGACGGGGGCUGAACAAGUUGGUUUAUUUUCCCCACCUCUACCUGAGCAAGACUCAAGACAGCACCGACUGGCAGCCUCGUGAGAUACAGGUCGCUUGCUAGUAGGAGGGAUUUAUGGAGCAGAAAAACGACAAAGCGAGAAAAAUUAUUUUCCACUCCAGAAAUUAAUGAUCAUGAGUUCGUAUUUGAUGGACUCUAACUACAUCGAUCCGAAAUUCCCUCCGUGUGAGGAAUAUUCGCAAAACAGCUACAUCCCAGACCACAGCCCCGAGUAUUACAGCCGGACAAGAGGGGACCCGGGCUAUCAACAUCAUCACCAGGAGCUGUUCCCUCCACGGCCAAGCUACCAGGAUCGUCAAUACAGCUGUGGGAACAUCCCCGAUCCGGAGAAUCCAACCGCGCACCAGAGGGGGCAUGGGCACCCCCAAGCCGGGCACCUCCUCGCUUCAAAGCCGCAAGCAGCCCCUUGCGAGCCAGCAGCUCCAUUGCCCAAUACCCCUGCCAUCCCAACGCCUGCACCACCACCUCCCUCCUGCAGCCAGGCAAACCCGGAUCAUCCGAGCGCCGCUGCUUCCACCAAGCAGCCCGUGGUUUACCCUUGGAUGAAGAAAAUCCACGUCAGUACCGUGUCUCCCAGUUUCAAUGGAGCGGAACCAAAGCGGUCUCGGACUGCUUACACCCGACAGCAAGUGUUAGAAUUGGAAAAAGAAUUCCACUAUAACAGGUACCUAACGCGGCGGAGACGCAUCGAGAUCGCCCAUUCCUUGGUGCUUUCUGAAAGGCAGAUCAAAAUCUGGUUUCAGAACAGGAGGAUGAAGUGGAAAAAAGAUCACAGGUUACCCAAUACCAAAGUCAGAUCCUCGGCUUCUUCGGGUUCAUCUACAGCCACGACCGCCGGGUCGUCUGCCGCAGCCGCUGCCGCUCCAAGUGUCUCUGCCACCGAAGAACUCUCACGGCUCACCGCGCAGGAGCCAGCGGAAGACAUUACAAGGCUAUAAAAAGCACACACACACACGCAAAAUUAACUAUACUCGGAAAAAAAACAA